AUGGGAUCUGCAGUGUUUUUCACCCUCCUCUUCUGCCUGGUGACAUCAUCAGUGUGUGCUGGAGUGGGCGGGGCCAGUCAAGGUGGCGCUGUGCUGUGUCCUCUGCAGUGUGUGUGUGAGACGCGGCCCUGGUACACGCCUCAGUCUGUGUAUCAUCAGGCGCGCACCGUCGACUGUAACGAGCUCCACCUGCACCGCGUACCGGACAACAUGUCCUCCGACACGCAGGUGCUGCUGCUGCAGAGUAACAACAUCUCGUCCAUCACUACUGAGCUGCAGAGUCUGACCAACCUGACAGAACUGGACCUGUCCCAGAACCACUUCACACAGGUGAGCUCCAUGGGUCUGUCCUCUCUGGGCCGGCUGGUGACUCUGUACCUGGAGGAGAACCACAUUGAGGAGUUGGAGGACUUCAGUCUGAGGAACCUGUCGAGUCUGGAGGAGCUCUACAUCAACCACAACCGCAUCUCCUCCAUCGGACCAAAAGCCUUCGCUGGACUCGGCAACCUUCUGCGGCUCCACUUGAACUCCAACCGGCUGGUGGCCAUCGACAGUCGCUGGUUCGAUUCCCUGCCGUCCCUGGAGAUCCUGAUGAUCGGGGAGAACCCCAUCCUGGGUCUGGAGGAGAAGAACUUCCUGCCUCUGUCCCGCCUCCACAGCCUGGUGCUGGCUGGAAUGGGUCUGGCGUCCGUCCCCUCCGCGGCCUUCCUGGGCCUCGACUACCUGGAGAGCCUGUCCUUCUACGACAACCGGCUCCGGUCUGUUCCCCGGGACGCUCUGAGUGUGCUCCCUAACCUGAAGUUCCUGGACCUGAACAAGAACCCGAUCAGCCGAGUCCAGCAGGGAGACUUCCAGAACCUUCAGCACCUGGAGGAGCUCAGUCUGAACAACAUGGAGGAGCUGCUGAUGAUUGAACGAGCUGCUUUCCAGAACCUUCCAGAACUCGCCAAACUGGAGAUCUGCAGCAACCCACAACUGUCUUACAUCGACCCACAGGCCUUCAGUGAGCUGUCCUCCCUGCGGACGCUCCUCCUCCAAAGUAACCAGCUGAGCCUCCUCUCUGGGGACGUGCUGUCCUCCCUGCCGUCCCUGGAGGAGGUGUCUCUGUACUCCAACCCGCUGCGCUGUGACUGCGUCUCCUCCUGGGGGCCUCACCUGGGCAACCAGUCCCACCUGAAGCUGCUGGAGUCCUCCAUCACGCUCUGCGCCUCGCCCUCGCACCUGAUUGGGCGGGAGCUGCAGGAGGUGGUGGGGGCCGGGUGGGGCGGGGGCGGGUCUAACAGCUGCCUGCCGCACAUCUCUCCUCACGCCUUCCCGCCCGCCAUCAACGUCAGCGCCGGGCAGCCAAUCACACUGGAGUGCUGGGCGGACGCUGACCCCGCCCCCCAGUUCUACUGGGUGACGCCCAGCGGAGACAAGGUGAGCUCGGAGGCAGUGGCUGCACCAAUCAUAUCGGAGGAGGGGCGUGGCCUAAACAGGAAGAGGAAGCACCGCGUGUCGGAGCCCGGAGCGCUGGUGAUCGAACACUCGGAACCGUCGGAUGCAGGUGUGUACACCUGUGUGGCGUGGAACGCCGAGGGUGCAGACACGAAGAGCGUCUCCGUGUCGGUGGACUCUCGGGGGUCUGGGGGCCUGUGGCCGAGCGGGGGGCGCCGGUGGAGCGGUGGGCCCAGCAGAGAGCAGCUCUGGCUGGGGAACUCGUCCGCCGUGGCGGCCUCUCUGGUGGUGCUGGCGAAGGUGGUGCACGCCCAGUCGGUGGUGUUGGAGUGGAAGUUGUAUCCCAGUGGAGGAGCUUCGUCUGUGGGUCAGAGUCAGCAGGACGCCCCCCUCUCUCUGACCCGCUGGACCAGCGCCACCCUGCACAUUGACAACCCUCAAAUCAGCUACACCGCCAAGGUUCCCGUGGACGUGCAGGAGUAUAACCUGACUCACCUGCUUCCUGCCACGGAGUACAGCGUCUGCCUCACCGUCUACUCCUCUGCUCCCUCCUCCUCUUUCUUCUCCCCCUCUCCCUCCCCCUCCUCCCCCGUCCACACUUCCUGUCUGAACGUCACCACGAAGGAGGCGGGCUUCUCUGUGGAGCUGGUGGCGUCGCGGCGCAGCAGCGUGGCGUUGGCGGCGGUCAUGGGCUCCAUGUUCGCCCUGUCCAUCAUGGCGCUGCUGGUGGUCUACAUGGGCCGCCGCGUGCAGCAGCACAAGUCCUGCGGACACUCGCUGAAGAAGUACAUGCAGCACGCCACCUCCAUCUCGCUGAACGAGCUGUACCCGCCGCUCAUCACGCUGUGGGAGAGCGAGGCCGAGAAGGACAAGGAGGACAAGGAGGAGGAGGAGCGGGAGGCGGGGGAGAGGGCCGAGGGGGCGGGGGGGAGUCAGAUCGACACCACAAAGACCUACAUGUGGUAGCCGGAGGACACAAAGACACUCGAGGGUUUACGGGGAGACAAAGAGAGGUCACAUGAGCCUAGCAGACAAACAGAAGGGUGGAAACGCCCACGAUGUCGAUAACAACACCUGAGACAGAGAGAGAGAGAGACAGGGGACACCUGAGACCAGCCGUCAGAUCCUCUGUUAAAAGAACAUUCUGCUGUUUUUAAAUGCGUCCUUCACUUUAAUCAGCUGAUUUAAAGUUUACACACAACUUCUAUUAAACAUUACCAGGUCCUGAUGAUAGAUGAUAAUAAAACCCAACCACACAUCAAACUGUAUGCAGAUGAUACGUGGCUUUACAUACAGAAUUUUUAUUCAUAGAUAUAUUUAUUUUACUGAUAUUGCAUGCAGUGAGCACAGCCAGGAGGAAAAGACAAAUAAUAAAUAAUAUGUUUUAUAGCUUUAAUUUUUCAGUAUCAUUUUAAUAUAAUUUGAAUUGACCUCUGAAGCAUGUAGAUGUAGAUGCUGUUUUUAAAUGCGUCCUUCACUUUAAUCAGCUGAUUUAAAGUUUACACACAACUUCUAUUUAACAUUACCAGGUCCUGACGAUAGAUGAUAAUAAAACCCAACCACACAUCAAACUGUAUGCAGAUGAUACGUGGCUUUACAUACAGAAUUGUAUUCAUAAUAUAUAUUUAUUUUAGUGAUAUUGCAAACAGUGAGCACAGCCAGGAGGAAAAGACUUAAAUAAUAUGUUUUAUAGUUUUAAUUUUUCAGUAUUAUUUUACCUUUGACCUCUGAAGCAUGUAGAUGUAGAAUACACAGAUUAGAUAACUGUCGUAUAUAUUUAAUUCAAAAAUAUGUUUUUUAAAAGUGAGAGUAAGAUUUGAGAGUAUUAAAAAAAUAUAUACUUAAAUCUUUCCAGAAGUACGUUUCAGUUGAAAGCUAAAGAUGUGAAAAUUAUCAGAUGACAGAUCAUUUAAAUUCAAUAUACAUUUCAGGGUUAAGCACUUGGUUUAAAAAGAAUAAAAAAAAUAAACUCUUAAUACAAUCAGACCGUAAUAUUGAACUUAAGAUUUAAAUUGGAUGGAUUUAUUGGGUUGACAUAUAAAAUCAGCAGAAUGUUUAAUUUCCUUCUGUUUCUCAUGAACUCAAGAAUCUUCAGCUGACUUCCUGUCAGGACAUCCUGACGAUAGAUCCACUCUAACAGAACAGAUGAUCAUCAGCUGGACGUCCUGACGAUAGAUCCACUCUAACAGAACAAAUGAUCGUCCUGACGAUAGAUCCACUCUAACAGAACAAAUGAUCGUCCUGACGAUAGAUCCACUCUAACAGAACAGAUGAUCAUCAGCUGGACGUGCUGACGAUAGAUCCACUCUAACAGAACAGUAAUAAAAACCAACCACACAUCAAACUGUAUGCAGAUGACACGUGGCUUUACAUACAGAAUUGUAUUCAUACAUAUAUUUAUUUGAGUGAUACAGAACAGAUGAUCAUCAGCUGGAUGUCCUGACGAUAGAUGGAUUCUAACAGAACAGAUGAUCGUCAGCUAAACGUCCUGACGAUAGAUCUACUCUAACAGAACAGAUGAUCGUCAGCUGGACGUCCUGACGAUAGAUGGAUUCUAACAGAACAAAUGAUCGUCAGCUGGACGUCCUGACGAUAGAUCCACUCUAACAGAACAGUUGAUCGUCAGCUGGACGUACCUGACAAUAGAUGGACUCUAACAGAACAGAUGAUCGGCCGUCAGCUGGACAUCCUGACGAUAGAUCCACUCUAACAGAACAGAUGAUCGUCAGCUGGACGUCCUGACGAUAGAUCCACUCUAACAGAACAGAUGAUCGUCAGCUGGACGUCCUGACGAUAGAUCCACUCUAACAGAACAGAUGAUCGUCCUGACGAUAGAUCCACUCUAACAGAACAGAUGAUCGUCAGCUGGACGUCCUGACGAUAGAUCCACUCUAACAGAACAGAUGAUCGUCCUGACGAUAGAUGGACUCUAACAGAACAGAUGAUCUGCCGUCAGUUGGUGUGAAGAGACUUUACUGUUGAUCUGUUUGUCUUCCCCCUCUCUCUCUCUCUCUUUCUGUCCUCUGUCUCUGUCAAAGCACACUGACAGUUUCUGUACUGUUAAAAAAAUCGAAUUAUUGUAAUUAGGUUCAUCUGAUGAACAUGAAUGCAGCACUAACACUCAGCACAGGCAGCCACCUGAAAUAUCUCACUUUCUCAUUCAUCUGAGUUAUUAAAGGUCCAGAUUUCAAACAAAACUUUUCAAAGAGUUUCAGAGAUAUUCACCCUGUUUCUUCACAUUUCUAUUUAUUUAUCUUACCAUUAGCUGCAGCUCAAAUGUCCCAGUAAUGAAAACCAACCACACAUCAAACUGUAUGCAGAUGACACGUGGCUUUAUAUCCAGAAUUUUUUAUUUUAGUGAUAUUGCAUGCAGUGAAACACAGCCAGAAGGAAAAGACUUAAAUAAUAUGUUUUAUAGCUUUAAUUUUUAUGGAAAAAAAGAGAAACAUUUUAAUUAACCUCUGAAGGAAGUAGAUGUAGAAUAAACAGAUUGGAUGACUGUCGUAUAUAUUUAAUUCAAAAAUAUGUUUUUUUAAAAGUGAGAGUAAGAUUUGUGAGUAUUUAAAAAAAAAUACUUAAAUCUUUCCAGAAGAAGUAAUUUUCAUUCUAAAAUGCCAAAACAAAUCUGUGCCAUUGUUAUUAAAAGAUAUAAAGUGACAUCAGAAAAGUAUCAAAAGUAAAAUAUUGUUUUAUAUAUUCCAAAUAUAUUAUUAGAAUACAGCAUUUUACUUUUGUCAAGGUAGGGCUCAUUUUAACUACUUAUUAUACUGAUAUAAUUUAUUAUAAUCAUUUUAAAUUAAUCAUGUUUUUAUGUUAAAUCUUUAAAGUAACUAAAGCUGUCAGAUAAUUAUAGUAGAGUAAAAAGUACAAUAUUUACCUCUAAAAUGUGGUGGAGUAGAAAAAUAAAGUUACAUAAAAAGGAAAUACUGAAGUAAAGUAAAAGUACCUCAGAAUUGUACAUAAGUAUAGAACUUAGUUACCCUCCAGCAGCGGAUCCAGGCUGCUCCUCAUCCCUUUUAUUCUGUUUAUUUUAGCUUUGAACCAAACAAACUGACUCUGUGUGUGAGUUCGGGACCUUUAAUCCUCCAGAAGCUUCACUUUACUAUCACAGCAUGAUUCUGUUUGUUCUGCAGCAGAAACUUCAUCCACACCAUCUGCACCAACACCGGCACUGACCACAUUCUGUUAUAAUCUCUGUGACACAACUUCUUCUAUGGUUUGUAGCUGAGGAGGAGGAGCUGCAUGCCUUUGCACUCAUAUUUAAGACUGUUUGUACAAAAAAACACCUCUGUGUUAUGACCUGCAAACUGCUCGACUCAAACACGAAAAAUUCCCCAAAAGUUUUUUUUUGUUGUAAAAAUGUGCCAUAAUUGGAAGUUUGGCAUCUUCUUCUUUAAACCAUCUGUAUGCAGAACCACUGUGAGUUCUCGUGUGUCGGUCAGUUUGCAGGUUUGUCGUUCAGACUUUUAGCCAAAUAUUCCCUCAGUUGUCUAUGAAGCGAAACACUUCAGGAACAAACACCCAAAGAUGCUCUGGGCAUUUUAAAGAGUAUAAUCUGUACAUAAAUAUAUUUACAUCAUAUGCUGUUAUUAGUGGCUGUGAGCAGCUUCUCUGUGUGUCACUGAACUGAUGAAAGAAGUCGUCUGCAGAGAGAACGGCCAUGACAUCACACAACUGAAACUUGACUGUAAUAUGAAUAUGCAGGGUAUUUUGUAUAAAGUGUAUCACUCUAUAUUUGAAGACAAUUAUUAUUAUAAUUAUUACUAGUAUCAUUAUUAUUAUAACUUGACACUGAGCACCAACUGUAACUAAAGAUGUGUGUGUGCGUGUGUGUGUAUGUAUGUGUGUGUGGGAGGGG